AUGAUUGACUUAAUAUAUAGGAAAUGCCCUGCUAAAUGUAAUGUCAAGUGCUCUGAAUUCUCACCCCUGAAAAUUGAGCUUCCCCUCUGGAUUUCUGGUCGAAACGGUGUACAAACAGAUCUCGACAAUAUGGACAAUAUGGCACAAGGCGCAAUCUUCUUCAACGGGCGUGUCCUGACGAAGGCUGGCCCAGGAUUACAUGGAGAGCCAGUGUUCGCAGAUAGCAUGCUGGUAAAGAAUGGAUCAAUUGCAGCGACAGGGAAGUUCGAAGAUAUCAUUGCUGAAUGCUCAUCCGAGGUUCAACGCCAUGACCUCAAACAGCAGACUGUUCUUCCAAGUUUCAUCGAUGGCCAUAUGCACCUUCUUCUCCUUGGGCAAUCGCUCCGUAAACUGGAUCUUCGACCCUGCAAAUCACUGGAUGAAAUCCGAUCAACUAUCAAAGAGUACGCGGUCGCCAAUCCAGAUGUCCCCACUAUUCUUUGCAAAGGCUGGAUGCAUUCCAUGACACCGGGUGGUGUAAACGCUGCGAUGCUGGAUGACCUUGACCCAAGGCCAAUUUUCAUUGAUGCAAGCUCACUACACUCAUGCUGGAUGAACUCAAGCGCGCUGAAGCAACUUGGUGCUGAAACCAUGUCUGACCCACCAGGUGGUAGCAUCCAUCGGGACGCAGAGGGCAAGCCGUCAGGUGUGAUGGACGAAGGCGCUAUGAUGUCAGUUAUCUGGCCAUUCCAGGCAGUGUCAUCGUCCAAAGAAGAACGCAUGGAGUCGAUCCUCCAGGCCAUUCAUGAAUAUAAUGCAGCGGGAUACACUGGCGUCAUAGAGAUGGCCAUGGACGAAGAAGCAUGGGACAGCCUUCUUACUCUUCGCUCUCAACAUCCAGAUCUCCCCAUGCGCGUGUCAGCAUACUGGCUCAUUAAGCCGACCGGCAGCCAUGAAGAGAAUUCCAAGCAGGUGCGGCGCGCGAUUGAAUUGAGUGGACAAUACAACUCCACCACAAGCCCCGAUGUUCGAAUUGUUGGCAUCAAAAUAAUCUGCGAUGGUAUCAUCGAUGCUUGCACUGCAUUCUUGUCGCAGCCAUACGCGCCAAUCGGCUCACCACCACCAAUCUGGGAAGCCGAGCAUUUGGAUCCCGUUGUGGCGCAAGCCGACAACGCAGGCCUGCAGAUCGCUCUUCAUGCCAUCGGAGACGGGGCAAUCAAAUUAGCCAUCGACGCUAUUGAAAAGCACGCUACCCCCGGCAGACGCCACCGAAUCGAGCACCUCGAGCUCGCAUCUCCCGAGGACGCAAAGAGACUUGGAGAACUCGGUCUUACAGCUUCCAUCCAACCCGUUCAUGCCGACCCCUCCAUCCUCACAGAGUGGCCUCGGCUCCUUGGGGAGGAUCGCUGCGAGAGAGCAUUCGCAUACCGCGAAUUCGCCGAUGCGGGGGCUCUCAUGGCGAUUGGAAGUGACAGUCCGACCUCACCAUGGGCUCCGAUGGAUAAUCUUUAUGUGGCCACUACGCGGAAGUCAUCGAGAAACCCCCAAUACACCAAGAUUGUGAAUGAGAAAUUCCGCUUGGGCAUGUGUGAGUCUGUUGUUGCAGCAACUGGGGGUGCAGCUCGCAGUGUAUUUGCGGAUGAGCGCACGGGGACCUUGGAAGUGGGUAAAUUAGCGGACUUUGUUGUUGUUGACAUGAAGUGGGAGGCGGAUGCGUUGCUGGAGGCCAAGAUCAACGAGACUUGGUUUGCAGGAAGAAAAGUGUGGUCUAAAGAAAACUGA